AUGGCGCCGCAACCAUUGGUGACACAUAUCUACACGGCCGACCCGUCGGCGCAUGUCUUUGAGGGCAAGAUCUACGUGUACCCAUCUCAUGACCGCGAAACCGACAUCCAAUUCAACGACAAUGGCGACCAAUACGACAUGGCCGACUACCACGUCCUGUCCCUCUCGGAAGUCGGCGGCGAGGUGACGGACCACGGCGUGGCGCUCAAGGCCGAGGACAUCCCCUGGGUGUCGAGGCAGCUGUGGGCGCCCGACGCGGCGACCAAGAACGGCAAAUACUACCUGUACUUCCCCGCGCGGGACAAGGAGGGCAUCUUUCGGAUUGGCGUCGCUGUCGGUGACUCACCGGGGGGCCCCUUCACGCCGGACCCUCAGCCCAUCCCGGGCAGCUACAGCAUCGACCCGGCCAGCUUCGUCGACGACGACGCCGACGGCCAGGCGUAUCUGUACUUCGGCGGCCUGUGGGGCGGGCAGCUGCAGUGCUGGCCCACGUCGCCGGACCAGGGCGGGGAAUUCGACGCCUCCAAAUCCGGGCCCCAGGAACCGUCGGGCGCGGGCGUGUCGGCUCUGCUCCCGCGCGCCGCGAAACUGAGCGACGACAUGCGCCGCUUCGCCGGCCCCGUGCAGGAACUCGAGAUCCUCGACCCCUCCACGGGUGCGCGGAUCGCCGCCGACGACCACGCCCGCCGCUUCUUCGAGGCCGCCUGGAUGCACAAGUACAACGGGAAGUACUACCUCAGCUACUCCACGGGCGACACGCAUUACCUGGUCUACGCGAUCGGCGACAGCCCCCUGGGGCCUUUCACGUAUGGCGGCCGAAUCCUCGAGCCUGUGCUGGGGUGGACCACGCAUCACAGUAUUGUCGAGUUCAAGGGCAAGUGGUACCUGUUUUAUCAUGACUGCGAGCUCAGCAAGGGCGUGGAUCACCUGAGGAGUGUCAAGAUGAGGGAGAUUGUGUAUGAUGAGCAGGGGAGGAUUAGCUUGGCGGAGAAGCAGUAG